CAUACAGGAAGCAAUACAUCCUUUUUGAUCGUUCCCCUUUCUUGUUCGUCUUCCUGUGGUCGAAGCCCUGCCGCUUUCUCCGUCUUGAUAAUCUUAUAACUUAGCAAAGCCAUGUCCGCCGAUCAAAACCCUAGCAGCUCAUCGGCUCCGGAGCAGGCAGCAAAACCGCCUCCAAGGGAUUCAAGGAAGAAGAAGGAAGAUAAGAAGGAUGAAGAUCUGUCUGACGAGGACCUGGCUCUGAAGCAGCAGCUCGAGCUGUAUGUCGAACGCGUCCAGGAUGCUAAUCCCGGUGUCCAGAAGCUUGCACUAGAGAGCAUGAGACAAGAAAUUCGAUCAGCAACAAGCUCAAUGACAUCUGUUCCUAAGCCUUUGAAAUUCCUUCGUCCACACUAUGGAACAUUGAAGGCGUACUUUGAGACAAUGCCUGAUUCCGAGCUAAAGAAAUACCUAGCGGAUAUACUUUCAGUGUUGGCAUUGACCAUGUCUGUUGAAGGAGAAAGGGAGAGUUUGAAAUAUAGAUUGUUGGGUUAUGAGGGCGACAUUGGUUCUUGGGGACAUGAAUAUGUACGGAACCUUGCUGGAGAAAUUUCACAAGAGUUUGCAAAACGCCAGUACGAUGACCUGCCCAUAAACGCCCUUAUGGAGCUUGUACAACAAAUUGUUGCUUUUCACAUGAAGCACAAUGCUGAGCCAGAAGCUGUGGAUCUUCUGAUGGAGGUUGAAGACCUUGAUCUGUUGGUUGAACAUGUUGACUCUACAAAUUACAAGAGAACAUGCUUAUACCUUACCAGUUCUUCCAGUUACCUACCGAGUCCAGAUGACGUUUUGGCACUUGAUAUAGCAUAUACAAUUUAUAUGAAGUUUGAAGAUCUUGCAAGCUCUCUUCGGAUUGCACUUCUGCUGGACAAUAUUCAGUAUGUCAAACAAAUAUAUACAUCGACAAAUGACCCCCUACUGAAGAAGCAAUUCUCUUACAUUUGUGCACGUCAUGGUUUAGCACUGGAGCUGGAUGAAGAAUGGGUUCCAGAUGAAAAGGAAAGAGAGGCCUUGCAAGAUAUUGCAAACAAUGGUAAAUUAAGUGAAGGCUAUCUGACUCUUGCUCGUGAUAUUGAGGUUAUGGAACCAAAAUCUCCAGAAGACAUAUAUAAGGCACACUUGAUUGAUGGACGAGCAAGUGCAAGUUCCAGCCUUGACUCUGCCCGGCAGAAUCUGGCUGCUACUUUUGUGAAUGCAUUUGUGAAUGCAGGUUUUGGACAGGAUAAAUUGAUGACUGUCCCCUCUGAUUCCUUAAGUGGACCAAGUGGUUGGCUGUUCAGAAAUAAGGAUCAUGGAAAAGCCAGUGCAGUUGCAAGUUUGGGGAUGAUUUUGUUGUGGGAUGUUGACUCUGGUCUAGUACAACUCGACAAGUUUCUUCACAGCAAUGAUAAUCAUGUUGUUGCGGGAGCUUUGCUUGGUGUUGGCAUUGUCAACUGUGGCAUCAGAAAUGAUUGUGAUCCUGCAUUAGCCCUUUUAGGCGAUUUCAUUGAAAAAGAUGAUACAAUUAUCAGAAUUGGGGCAAUUUUGGGUCUUGGCAUUGCAUAUGCCGGGACAAACAAAGAUGACCUAAGAGUCCGCCUUACUAGCAUUCUGGGAGAUUCAAAGUCACCCCUGGAGGUCCUUGUAUUUUCUGCCAUUACAUUGGGGCUUGUCCAUGUUGGUUCCUGCAAUGAAGAUAUCGCUCAAACAAUCAUUUUGGCAAUAAUGGAGCGCAGUGAAACUGAAUUGGGUGAACCCCUUACUCGCUUGCUUCCUGUAGCUCUUGGUCUUCUAUACCUUGGCAAGCAGGUAACCUAAUGGAAUGCUAUCUGU